CGAGUAAAUUUACUUCUAUAUUUACUGAUACCCAAAGUAUGAAUGAUAUAAAAUUUAAUUUUAUUCUUUUCUUGAGUUUUAAGAUAAAUAUUUUGAAUUUACCUUCAUGCUUCAAGUACAUUUUUUUAGAUGGAGUAAACAAAAAAGAGAAGGAAAGCUAGUUACCAUUUUUUGUGAAGAUGCUAAUCUAACUGAUGACAUGAUUGAUCUGACUGAUGAUGCGAGACAUACAAGUCAAAAUAAAGAUGAUGAUUUAAACAACGAUAUUCAGCUCAUAGCAAAGGAGUUAGCAGCUGAUUUUCAAAUUGGUGAUUGGGUUGCUAUUGAAUAUAAUAUGCAGUGGUAUCCUGCAAUAAUUCAAAGUGUCAAUCGUGACAAUGUUCAUGUUUCUUGUAUGGAAUAUUCUACUAUACCUGGAAAAAACUGUUUCAAGUGGCCAACCAAAGGAAAAUAUUCUCCAAUAUUUAUAUCUUGA